ACAGAAAGUGGAGUACAGCUGUUCCAAUCCAUUAGCACCUCUGCCCUCAGGUCUCCUGGCUGCAGAAGUCAGUGUUUGGGACCAGAAACCUCUGUGAUAUGUGUUUGGGGAUGCUGCGGCUUCUGUUCCUCAGUCUCUCCUGUCUGGGGAACACAAUGCCUCUGACUCGUGACCUUGGCUCACGACAGGAGUUGGUAGGCAUCAUCGGGGGCUGCCCUGUCUCAGUCAGCCGGUUCCCAUGGCAGGUCAGCCUGAGGUUCUACAACAUGAAGCACAGCAGAUGGGAGCACGUCUGUGGUGGUUCCCUCAUCCACCCUCAGUGGGUGCUAACCGCUGCCCACUGUGUGCAGCCGAAAGAGUUGGAGGCCAGUGGCGUUAGAGUCCAAGUUGGACAGCUAAGGCUUUAUGAAAACGACCAGCUGAUGAGAGUGAUCAAGAUCAUCCGCCACCCCAAGUUUAGUGAGAAGCUGUCUGCCCCUGGGGGUGCAGACAUCGCUCUGCUGAAACUGGACACCCCAGUUGUGCUGUCUGAGCAUGUCCGCCCUGUUUCCCUCCCUGCGGCCUCCCAGAGGAUCUCCUCUAAGAAGACCUGCUGGGUGACUGGCUGGGGUGUCAUCGAGAACUACAGGCCACUGCCCCCACCCUACCACCUGAGGGAAGUGGCGGUCCCCAUUGUGGAAAACAAUGACUGUGAGCAGAAGUACCAGACCGAUUCUUCCUCGGACAGCACUACCAGGAUCAUCAAAGAUGACAUGCUUUGUGCUGGAAUGGAGGGCCGGGACUCCUGCAAGUUUGACUCUGGGGGCCCCUUGGUAUGCAGGUGGAACUGUUCCUGGGUCCAGGUGGGUGUGGUCAGCUGGGGCAGAGGCUGUGGGCUUCCUGACCUCCCUGGUGUAUACACCCGGGUGAUGAGCUACAUGCCCUGGAUCAAUUGUUAUGUCCCCAAGUUCCCAGAACCUUUAAUGGGGCCAGAUGAGAUUCAUACAACAGAGGAGACCCCAGCCAUUCAUGUUGAUCCAUUCAAUCCUCCGUCUGGUCCAGCCUCACUUUCUUAAACCUCCCUAUCCCAUGGUAGUGAAACUACCUUGUGCUCCUGGUCUGGAGUCUAUGGUGUCCCUUAACUCUGAGAGGGAGGGGAUCUCAAAAGUAGAAGCCCAUAUUCCCCCCUUACCAUGUUUCCCAUUAAAUGAUGGAGUGUC